AUGAUCGAAGACGGUAAUUCUGCAAUUGAGUUAUCGCCCAUUGAAACCUCGUUUCCCGUCUUCCAACAAAGUCGAAGAAAGAUACUUUAUCGAUAUGAAGACGACGUUCAUACAUUCAUUCAAUUCUUCAGUUGGAUAUAUGGUGGUGCGUACACCAUGCCCCGACGUGAUCCAGAAAAUUACAAUCGUGCAACACACAUUUCGGAAUGGAUCAUACUCCACGCACUAGCGGUAGAGAUGGGGGUCACGGAUUUGGCACACAAAGCUUUGUGGGAAUAUAUCCAUUGUAGGGAUACUUUACGAACUGGAUAUUGGACGCCCCUGCCUUCAGAAAUACAAUAUAUUUACGACCAUCGUGCGACCACAAAUGAUUUGCGGAUUCUUGUUGUUGAAAAGGUUCGUGGUCUUUUAUUCUCAACUAGGUUCGACGGGAUGAAUAGACAACUAUCCACACUUUGCCGCCACCACCCGGAUUUCCACGCCGACGUUUUCCAAGAAAUCCAACGCCAUUCAGAACAAGCAAAUCACUGUGACUAUGGUGAUUGUUCCAUGCAUAUUUCACACAAUACAUAUACCAGCCGCUACGCAAGUCCAGAUCCAUACUUUGAAGUUGAGUCGCCUCCUCAUGCGUCUGAAUAUUUGGACGAUAUCUCGGAAUUCACAUUAGAUGAUGCAACGCUUUCUUUAAUAUCGAAUCGCGGUACUAUAUCUACGGAAGAAGAAGAUGCGUAUUCGGAGCAGGGGCGAGAUGAGGCAAUGGCGGAAUAUCAUGAGAGUAGGGAUAUAGCGAUGAUUUAUGAUCGGGGGAAUAUGAUGUCGAUUCUGAAUUAG